UUCAAUCGGUUAUCUUCCCCUUUGCCCCGGAACGAGAAAAAGAUUCCUCGAUCGCCGACGCCGCAGCGGCCAAAGAGGAGGGCAACGAGUUGAGCUGCCCCAGCAUUUUCUUCCAUAUUCUCCCCAUGGCGCGCUUGUCCCGAGCCCUCCUUAUCUUCGGGGGGUUCGUCACUGUGGUGGGUGCGGCAUUCUACCCUAUUUACUUCCAUCCCUUGAUGCACCCGGAGAAAUACAAGAAGGAGCAAGCAGUAAAUCGAGCUGGUAUUAUCCAAGAAGAUAUUCAGCCACCAGGAUUAAAAGUGUGGUCUGAUCCAUUUGGAAGAAAAUAAAGACCUCUCUGGGCUGUGAAUUUGAGGAUGAAUUAUGUGCCUUAUUCCAUGAACUGAUGCUCCAGGUUCUUUGUCAACCAAGAUUUUUCAGAAAAGGGACUUGGUAUAUUGAGUUGUUCUGUGGCAUUAGUUUAUUCAAAGAGCUUUAGCAACUGCUGACUUCCAAGGAUUAAAGCUAACUUUGACUCCAAUGAUCCACUAGUAGUGAAACAAAGCUGCACUGGAUGUCCUCUGGGAAGUAAAUGGAAUCCUUGACUGAGGGAAGGGUAGGGCUUUGAAUAUAGAUUGGGCAUGCCCAGAAUAAAUUACACAGUUGAUGUUUCUAUAAAUGCAUUGAAUAGCAAAACAUCUGCAAAAUAUACAGUACUCUGUACUAAGAAUUCAGAAAGUAAUGUCUUUGUAUAUUGGUAGAUCAUGCAUUCAGACAGGAUGUAGAGUUCCACAAUUUAUCUGUUUUGUAACUGAAAGCAGAACAGAUCAAACUAAUAUGAAUCUGUCUGUGACACAAAAAUGGUUUAUUUGAAAGUAAGUCCUUUUAAAAUUGUUGGAGUUUCCUUCAACAACUACAGUCCAGUGGCCAACAUUCUGUGUUACAUAAUGCAGGUGGUGCCAAUCCAUCUGUGCUGCUGAGGGCUUCCAGUGAAGCACCUAUGGUGUGGUACUUUUGCACAAGAGCACAAGUACUUUGAUUAGUGCACCCGCACUAAGGAGCAUCAAUUAGAUUGGAAACACAUUGCUUGAUCAUCAGCGUGUUUCUUUCUGGUACAAUAAAUGCUUCCCGACUGCAGAUGCGCAGAGUCAGCCAGCACUUAAUUGUGAACCUGCAGCCGUGCAUUGGCACCAUCCUUGUGAAGCUGCAGUGAAUGUUAGCCACUGUGAUGUAAGACUUUGAAAGGGAGAAGGUUUUUCCACAGUAGAAAGGCAUAUCUUUAUUCACUUUUUUUUCCUUGAGGGGGGAUCUGAAGUUAGUUUUAAACUAACUUCAUUGCCAACAACUCUUGUGUAGAAACAAACUACCAUUUUCGGUUUAGUCUUGUGGGAUGAAUGUAAUUUUCAUUUUGCGAGAAGCUAGGUUUUGAAAGAACAUAUUCCAAUAUGCAAACUCACUGCUUACAAAUAAAGAUUUGAAUGCACAGGCUUUACUUCUA